GGACGCGGCCGCCGCCGCCGCCAUCUGUCACCUCACCUCCGGCACCGGCAGCGGGUUGCCCGUUCCCCGCCCGUGUCCUCGGCGGAGCCUGCUCUCCCUCCUGUCACCUCUCAGCUCCGUUCUCGUCUCUGCCUUCCUUCCCGAAUGGAUCUGGUCGGAGUGUCUUCACCUGAGCCCGGGCCCGCAGCAGCUUGGGGACCCAGUAAGUGCCCGUGGGCUACCCCUCAAAACACAGCAUCCUGUUCACUGACUGAGGUGAUGAGUGAGGAGUUGGCUAAAGAGCUGCAGUUGGAAGAAGAAGCAGCUGCUUUCCCUGAAGCCGUUGUUGCUGAAGGACCAUUCAUUUCUGGAGAUAACAUUGACACUUCCAGCGACCUAAUGCUGGCUCAGAUGCUACAGAUGGAAUUUGACAGAGAAUAUGAUGCACAGCUUAGGCGUGAAGAAAAGAAGUUCAACGGUGAUAGCAAAGUUUCCAUUUCAUUUGAAAACUAUCGGAAGGUUCAUCCUUUUGAAGACAGUGACAGCUCUGAAGAUGAGGUUGACUGGCAGGACACUCGAGACGAUCCCUACAGACCAGCAAAGCCAGUUCCUACUCCCAAAAAGGGUUUUAUUGGAAAAGGAAAAGAUAUCACCACUAAGCAUGAUGAAGUAGUAUGUGGAAGAAAAAACACAGCAAGAAUGGAAAAUUUUGCACCUGGCUUUCAAGUAGGGGAUGGAAUUGGAAUGGAUUUAAAACUAUCCAACCACGUUUUUAAUGCUUUAAAACAACAUGCCUACUCAGAAGAGCGUCGAAGCGCCCGUCUCCAUGAGAAGAAGGAACAUUCUACCGCUGAAAAAGCAGUUGAUCCUAAGACACGCUUACUUAUGUAUAAAAUGGUCAACUCUGGAAUGUUGGAGACAAUCACUGGCUGUAUUAGUACAGGAAAGGAAUCUGUUGUCUUUCAUGCAUAUGGAGGGAGCCUGGAGGAUGAAAAGGAAGAUGGUAAAGCUAUACCAACAGAAUGUGCCAUCAAAGUAUUUAAAACAACCCUUAAUGAGUUUAAGAACCGUGACAAGUACAUUAAAGAUGAUUUCAGGUUUAAAGAUCGCUUCAGUAAACUAAAUCCACGUAAGAUCAUCCGCAUGUGGGCAGAGAAAGAGAUGCACAAUCUUACAAGAAUGCAGAAGGCUGGAAUUCCUUGUCCAACAGUUGUACUGCUUAAGAAGCACAUUUUAGUUAUGUCUUUCAUUGGCCAUGAUCAGGUUCCAGCUCCUAAAUUAAAAGAAGUGAAGCUUAGUGAUGAAGAAAUGAAAGACGCCUACUAUCAGACUCUUGAUUUGAUGCAGCAGUUGUAUAAGGAAUGUACCCUGGUGCACGCUGACCUCAGCGAGUAUAACAUGUUGUGGCAUGCUGGGAAGGUCUGGUUGAUUGACGUCAGCCAGUCGGUGGAACCAACCCAUCCUCAUGGCCUGGAGUUCUUAUUCCGGGACUGUAGAAAUGUUUCACAGUUCUUCCAGAAAGGAGGGGUAAAGGAAGCCCUUAAUGAACGGGAGCUGUUCAAUGCUGUUUCUGGCCUGAACAUCUCAGCAGACAAUGAAGCUGAUUUCUUAGCUGAGAUAGAAGCUUUGGAGAAAAUGAAUGAAGAUCAUGUUCAGAAGAAUGGAAGGAAAGCAGCCUCAUUUCUGAAAGAUGAUGGAAGUCCACCUGUGCUGUAUGCGGAAUAGUACAGCAGCGACGGCCAGCUGCCAUUGCCAACGAAUGUGGGUGACCUGACAUAGCAAAGCAGGAGUGGACAGUGCCACUUCUGUGCUUCUCACUUGUGACCCACGUGCCAGAUGUGUGCAAUUUUUAACUCGGCAUUGAAAGAAUAAAAUGUCACUACCUCUCAUCUUACAAAAAGGAUAAUAUAAUUCUUUAACAGGUACAGAUGUGUAGCCAAAGGAGUCUGGAUUUUACACAACUCAUGAUCUGAAAUGUCUUGAUGAGGAUUUUCACAUAGGCAGUGUUUCCAAACAUGGGAGGUGGGGACUGAAGUGUCUGCAGGGGAGGCUGGAUGGCUGCACUGUGCUCCACUCGCCUCCUGCUUUCCCAUGCGUCUUUAGGUAGAUGUUACUGUUUAAAUUAGCCCUUCUCAGCUCUUUGACUGUGAGACCCCAGUGGGUGUUAGGAAUGGGCAUUUGGCUUCAGUGGACAGUGGAAAUAGAUGUAAGCAGUGCCUUCUGUGGUACACCAUGGAUGUGUGGGGUUCUCCAUUUCCAUCUUAUGGCCAGGGAAGAUGACAUAGGUGUAUUUCUUAACUAAGCUUCAAAACUUAACUUUCAGGUUUUCUUCAUUUAGGUUAAAUGGUUGGGAUGUUACUCAUCUAGGUUUAUAAUGAAAAUACAAAGUAUCUAGAAGGGCAGAAUGUAAGAAUCGUAUCUGAUACAUUUUAAGAAGGCAGUGAAACAUUUCAGUUUGAAUUUCCCUAAAAUUGUUCAUAUAUUGAUUGCUGAUCAUUUGGAGAGAAAUAGAGCAGAGUAACUACACCUGGUAUAUAGUGGAGACAACGUCCAGACAGCUCACGGAAUGGUUUAACCAGCUCACUCAGCUGUCUGGCCACUGCCAGCCUCCACACUGCUGGCGAAGGCAAGCAUUGUUCUGAAGACCAGUGGUGGCUUGCUCUCACCUCAUUACCCCAGUUCCUGAAGUCACAUUGGACCCACUAAACAGCCUAACUUUCUGUCUGGUUAUAAAGAGUAAAUGUAAUUUAUAUUUGAAAGAUUUUAACAUUAUUUUAAAUUGCCAAAUAUGUUCUUUCUACACUAUUUAUUUUUGUUUCUGUUAUACUGCUUUUAAUUGCAUUACAGAGGAGUGUGAAUUUAGGUGACUCAUCCCACUUCUGAGAUGUUUGCUACUCCACACAGAGAUUUAAAUGAUGACUAAUUAUUGGCUGGACAGAAAUUCCAGGAAACUCAUUUGAAACAAUCAUUUAAAACUUUGCUUUCUUGACAUAUUCUUUCUCAAACCAUUGCUUGGAGUGUGCUAUGAACUUGCCUUUCAAGAAAUUAAAAAUGAAGAGAUCAUUUUAGAA